UUAGCGAACGGGCUUGAGUGGGAAUUUGUGCCACCUUAAUGAAGACUGUAUUGUUAAAAAACAAGCAAUGAAAGUCAUAACGAUGAGAAAAAAGGACUGGUGCCAGUGUUACCCUAGUGUCUUGUGUUGUCAUUGUUAGAAAUAAAAAUCGCACAAGGUAACAGUGCUUACAGCUGCAUAUUAUUUCUCAGUGCGUGUCUGUGGAAAAUGCAUAAGAAUUUAACUAACGUUGUUGUUGUACUGAGGAGCUCCAGUGCGGAAUUCUAUUGCUUACAUUGUAUGAGGAACUGAAAUUGUGAUUUCUAUUCGAUGUGGAAUUUAGUGACACAGCUGGUUCUUCAAACACUGAGUUAUUUAUAAGAAUGGUUGUGACUGGAAGAGGAAAGAAUUGUGCAGGAAUUAGUUUUGUAUUUUAAAAAUUACAGUAAAGAGUGAAUUACUGAUAGGCGUCAUAAGUACGAAAGUUCAAGAAGCUAUGAAAUGUCCUUACCAGGACAUGACCACGCGAAACUUUACCAAAGUGACUAAUCUACUGUGAGGAAAAGUUUUUGAAGGUGUAAUUUUGUUUCCUUAGUUACAUAGACGAGAGCGGAAGGGCAAAAAGACCAAAAGAGGGCACAAACACAAACAAUGAUGCCUCUUGCGCCGACCCCAAUUGUGGCCGUUCCAUCUAAACCAAAAAUCGGUUUCUCUAUUGAUUCUAUAGUAGGCGGUGGUACCAAUACGAACAACACAAAUUGCAACAUUCACACGAAUUCACCAACUAACACUGCCACCACGACACCAUCAACACCACAAAAACACCGACCUGCAACAUCACAUUCACCAGAAUGUGACGUCAUCAACACGGACACAUCACCAAACCCGCCGUCAGUAAGUCCUGCAUCAUCAACAGCAUCAAAUCAUUACACAACGAAUCACAGUAACAAUGUAGAAAACAAUAGGACAACCUCACACUCGCCCACCGGUUCAUCAUCACCAGAGUUAUCACCGGGGAAUUAUCACCGUGUGAGGCAUCAUUCUGGAUCCUUAUCACCGUCAAUAUCACCGACAUCAUCACCAGCACCAACAGGUGUUUUAGUGCAAGGGACUGGCAUGAGUCCGCCGACAAAUUCCGCGCCUACUCUGGUUCGGCCGUCCGCUCUAGCUCCAUCAGCAGCGGGUCUCGUCGGCUCUGCGGGCUUCACGCCGACCUCAGCCGCGGCAGGGGAGUCCGGACUCAAGGGCCUGUACCUGCCAGAGCCACUAGUGCACCACCACCACUCGCACCACCACCCGGGGCACCACCACCACCACCAGCUGGCGCUUGCAGCCGCAGCGGCAGCUCAGCACUUCCAAGCCGCGGGCCUGGCGGCCGCCCUCGCGCAGCAAACGGCGGGGGGACACCACGGCGCCGGCUUCUUGCCUGGGGCGGCGGCUGGCGCACCUCCCGGGGCCGGAGCACCCGGACACCUGCCGCCGCACCACCCUACACCUCACCCUGCUGCCGCUGCCAUAGCCCGCGACACGUACCCUCUGUACCCCUGGCUGCUGUCGAGGCACGGGAGAAUAUUCCCGCACAGGUUUCCCGCAGGUCCGGACAUCCCGGGGUUCCUGCUACAGCCAUUUCGAAAACCAAAGCGAAUUCGGACAGCGUUUAGUCCUAGUCAACUGUUAAAACUAGAGCACGCAUUCGAAAAGAAUCACUACGUGGUGGGAGCAGAGCGGAAACAGCUAGCGCAGUCACUCAGCCUCACGGAGACUCAGGUUAAAGUGUGGUUCCAGAACAGACGAACCAAACACAAACGGAUGCAGCAAGAAGAGGAGGCCAAGGCUCAGCAAGCGGCUGCAGCCAGCAACAAGAACAGCCAUCACGUCACGAAGUGGAAACAGGAGACUCAGGGACAAGGGACGGACGAGAACAGCCGGCAGCAGACGGCAGCUGCGCAGUACAACAGCAGCGGCAGGGACCACCACAAUCACCAUCAGGACGCUAGGGACGUGGACAGCUGCAGCUCGGGUUCCGAGACCUGAGUACCCAGACAUGUCCUUGGAUUCUUCACUCAGACAGCGAGAGAAGUUUCGGUGAUUCACAGGCCGACAGUUGGUCAGGGAUCUUUGCGAACCUACAAUUGUUAGCAGGUCCUCUGUCCGGGGAUGGAGUCAAAUGUUACGAACUGUUUUUGUGAACGUUACAAAGACAGGGAUCUCUGAAAAUAUUAGUCACGAAUGUUUUCAGUGUCAGAGCAAGACACUGUGAUACUUUAAAGUAUAGACAAGUUUACGAAAAACAAAAUAUUGUACAAACCAACUGUGACGGAGAUGUUUUAAGUCACAGUUUCUGAUGACUGAAUAAUUUUGUUCUGAGGCAGGCCAGACAAAAUUAUAAAUGUUCUUUGUUUGAACUGUUUGUUAUCAGUAAGGAUUCUAAAUAUAUGAUGUCACUAA